AUGCUGGACACCACCUCCCCAGGCUUUGCUGCACUCAUCCCACGUUCUGUUGUCGCAACCCCAACUGUGAACCUUGAUCGGAAAGCGGGGUCAAUAGCGGCAAUUGGGGUAACAGAGCCUCACCAGGCUGGGGGCAUCGAGGUAUUAAUAGAUGGCGAUGACUCUCUUUCGACACGUAUUUUGAAGAGAAAGACGACGCAACCAGACAGGCAGAGACGAAGGCCGCCUUGGCUUAUGAAGAUGGCUGCUAUCACUGCAUCAGCUCCUGGUCGCAUAGACUACUAUGCACAGAGCUUGUGCCCCAGUACCACCACUUCAGCGACUUUCAAGAGAGGGACAGGGGAAACUCUACCUGGGUUCCCCUCUCAGUACAAGGGUGAGAGGGUGUGGACAGGAUCCAAGUGGUUAGACCCCAACCUCGAGAAGAGUUACAUCGUGCAGAUCGACAAAGACGACUUGCUUGAGGUGGAGAAUGCUCUCCGCCAUUUUCAAGGUCUGAACGUGCCGCCUGGUCUUUUAAGUCGCGACACUUUCCCUCUCCCCAAGGGGCUGAGCAACAGGCUUCGGAAGGUAUCUCAAGACUGCUACAAUGGUCGUGGGUUUGCCAUUGUUCGUGGUAUCUCUCCUGAUCGUUUCACCGAUGAGGAGAAUGUGCUUGUCUUUGGCGGCAUAUCCUCGUACAUCGCACCCACUCGCGGAUUCCAAGAUGUUCACCGUGAGCUCGUUACUUGCCAUGUCCUGAGUGAGGAUAUGAGACCUGGCUCGAAGGAGCAGAAUUUGAGACCUGCAUUUACCAAUGGCCGACUGGCGUUCCAUACCGACGUCGGCGAUAUUCUCGCUCUCCAUACGCUGGGCGUAUCCGAUACAGGUGGUGAAACGAUGAUUGCCAGUGCUUGCCAAAUCUACAACGAGAUGGCAGAAAGUCGACAUGAUCUGAUUCAAGAGCUUGCCCAAAACUGGGCUUUCUUCCACUCCCAGGACUACUACACCGACGGGACUCCUCUCCUGACGAACGCCCCGGGGGACAAGUUGGUGUUCCAGUUCUCAAGGCUGCCCAUCACAGGCUUUCGAAGCCAGGGUGCGAACCCCACUCUCCCUCCGCCCAGUGAGAAGCGUCUUGAGGCCAUGGCCAAGGUGGAAGAACUAGCGUGGAAGCAUGCUUUCCCGUUGCCUCGGGAACCUGGAGAUAUGGCGUACAUCAACAACUUGUGUCUGAUGCAUGCUCGCAGCGCCUUUGACGUGGACAAAGAGGGCAACCCACUGCCCUCAAAGCGUCAUCUCGUCAAGCUAAUGCUGCAGGAUCCAGAGUUGGCGUGGGAACUUCCUCAACAUCUCGGCUGGUAUCUGGAGCGUGUCUAUGGCCCGAACCAAGAAGACGGGGGCAGGACUGAAAAAUGGCAGCUCAGUGUGAAGGACGAAUCAUUGCCCGAUGGUCGGAUCUGGGCUGGCUCUGGAGCCCUCUCCAAUGGCUAAGAGCAUUCCCAAACUUUUCCCCUCUUAGUUGGUUGGUGCUAUUGCCUCGUUGUCACUCCUUUCAGGAUUCUUGUCCAGAUGUUUGAUGUUCAUGGCUGCAGCCAGAAUGAUUACCAUUGCCGCCAGUGAACAAGGCACAACUUCCAUAUUAGGUAUUAGCAGGACUUCCUUUGGUCUCUUAAGUAUGGAGAUCAUAGGGUGGCAGCAAACUCAAGAGACAGUACUCACAGAAUGCGGUGUGCAUCCCAUUUUCAAAAGCCACCAGAACUGCCGUGCGUGCACCUGUGUUGAGUCUCCUGACACUUUUCAAAUCUCUCAUGGCAUCAAGAAUAAUUCUCUCCGUGGUCUUGGAAUCACCCAGGCUGGAGCGAAUGCCAAUCUUUGCGACCGACCGAGUUAUCGUAGACAUAAGCGCCAUGCCCAAGUCCGCUCCAAAAGUCUCGAUGAGGUAGUACAAUGCUAGUGUUUGAGGCCACCCUAAGAUAGAUAUGUUAGCGCGUGAGGUUGUAUGUCUGUGAACACGAUAGGCAAUACAUUUCUUUUCCGUG